AUGGCUCGUACAUUGACCGACCGACAAGCCGAUGAACUUCACAAGGCUAUGAUAGCGUACCUAAUCGCAAAUGACCUACCGGAUACCACGGCGGCCCUGCGAAAAGAGGUGAACUUCGGGGAAGAUGUCUUUAGUACAACGACCGCAAAGAAGUACGAGGGGAUGUUAGAGAGAAAAUGGACGAGCAUUGCACGGCUACAAAAAAAGAUCAUGGAGCUGGAGUCGAUAAACGGAGAACUACGAACCGAGCUAGAAAACACAACGCCCACCUCACGUUUACGCCGCAAACAAGACCCGUCGUCGUGGCUGCCCAGCACCGCCCGCUAUUCGCUAGAGUCGCACCGAGAGAACAUAAAUUGCGUUGCUUUCCAUCCCUCCUUCACUUCGAUUGCCUCCGGUUCUGAUGAUUGUACGAUUAAGAUAUGGGAUUGGGAGCUGGGCGAGCUGGAGCGCACGCUGAAGGGCCAUACGCGAGCAGUGCGGGAUAUUGACUACGGCGGUCGGCGGGAUAACGUCCUUCUCGCGUCCUGCAGUUCCGACCUCUCGAUCAAGCUGUGGAAGCCGACAGACGAUUAUAAGAAUAUCCGGACAUUACAAGGCCACGAUCAUAUCGUGAGCGCGGUGAAAUUUAUGCCCUCCGGCGACUUGCUGCUGAGUGCCAGCCGAGAUGAAGACAUACGGGUCUGGGACGUGACGACCGGGUUCUGCGUGCGGACGAUAAACGGCCAUGCCGGCUGGGUGCGGGAUAUCAGUCUGUCGUAUGAUGGGAAAUUUCUGCUCUCGACGCAUGACAUGACGGCCCGCCUGUGGGACAUUUCGAGCCUCUCCAAUCCGGAACUCAAGCAGACGUUUAUCGGCCAUGAGAACUUCAACGAAUGCUGUGCGUUUGCCCCGGCCGCAUCAUUCCCAUUCCUGGCCCCGUUGGCGGGGCUCGGCAAACGCGCCUCAACAAGCGGGGACUUCAUGGCGACUGGAUCGCGUGAUAAAACGAUUAAACUGUGGGAUGCUCGCGGGACCUGCUUCCUGACGUUAAGUGGCCAUGACGGCUGGGUACAGGCGCUGGUGUUCCACCCCGGGGGGAAGUAUCUGCUAUCGGUGGCGGAUGACAAGACGUUGCGAUGCUGGGACUUGAGCCAGCAAGGGAAAUGCGUGAAGAAGAUCGAGGCCCACGACCGGUUUGUCACCUGCCUGAAAUGGGCGCCGGGCGUCGCGAAGAUCGUCCAGGGCACCGAGGGUGGUGGAGCGGAGGGCGGCGAGGAGAGUAAUGUUGAUAUGCGCUGCGUUAUCGCAACGGGCGGCUGGGAUCAGAAGCUAAAGAUCUUUGCCGGUUGA